UGUUUCAGCUCCCAUGAGGGCGGCUCUUUAAAUUGCCCCAAAACUGCUCCUGGCUGGCGCCUUUUUCCCUCCUUAUCUGCGCGAGACAAGACGCACGUGCUCCCAUUAAGACGUCGUUGGAUCAGACUCCUCAAUAUUCCGGUCUGAAAAGCGAAGCAAACAUGAGCGACAAGGGGACAGUCUCACCGAAGGAGAAGGAGGGAACCGAGAAGAGGGGGCGUGGAAGACCCCGUAAGCAGCCACAGGUAAACACCUCUGACGAACCAAGUGGGUCUCCCACUCCAAAGAGGCCCAGAGGACGUCCAAAGGGCAGCAGAAACAAGGGCCCCAGCAAGAAAAAGGCAGCAGCAGCCCCCUCUGCAGGUGGAAAACGCAGAGGAAGACCUCCAAAGAAGGAGGAGAAGGAAGAAAAGGCAUCCCAGCAAUCAUCCGCAGAGGAGGAGGAGGAGGAAGAAGAGGACCAGUAAUUCACAACGCAUGCUACCUCACUCAACAUACUGACUUACUGUUAACCAGAACUGGGCUGUAUCUCCAACACCAGUGCCACCACAUGACCACUGUUCACGACAAAGCCUGUCUUUUUUCCGCCAAAAAGACUGGGUUAACACAGUACAAAUAUCAUGCAGCAGCACUGGAUAGAACGAUGGACCUUGCUCAAGCAUAGAUCUAAGAUGUAUAUGAAAGGUGUCAGCCCUUUUCUCUACAUGUCAUGUUCACAGAGUCUUUUAUACUGGACAAGAAGUGUGCUCUCAGGAGCCUGGACGUUUUCUGUUUUACCAUAAAGAUGGAUCUUAGGACAUUUUCUCUGCUUAAUGUUACUUAUUUGUUGUAUCCGCAUCUGAGAUGGUAGGGCGUAGAGAUUUUUCUCCAUGUUUUGUACUGGACAAAGGUGAAUUUUACCGAUAACUUGCUGUUUUUGUUCCUCGUGUGUUUGUGUGAAGUGGUUAACCUCUCCUUUUGCAUUGUAUUUUAGAUGGAAGUUGAGCUUCAGCGUGUAGGAUGAACUAGGUAACAGAUGGUAGAAGUGUUUUUCCAUUUCUAAACUGCAUAACUGAUUUUUCUCCCUCUCUUUUCUCACUUUUAGAGCAGAAUCAUGUUAACCACCUUCCUUGUGUAGAUCAGUUUAGAUUUAGCUCUUCGAACUUCCUGCGCAGGCCUUGGCGUGUAGAAGGGAGAUGUAAAGUGUAUCGUUAGUGAUCAGAAUAGACUUACUGUUUUUGUUCCUUCGGGUUACAAACCAUUUUAAAAAACAUGAGUGUGCUGCUUUUUCAUGAAAUAAUAAACUCAAACUUUUUUGGGGUAUAUAACAUGUUUUUAAGGAUAUGGUCGGCAGAGUUCUAGGCUGAGAGCAUCAGUGUCGUUUCUUCAGGGAGCUUUUACAAUUGCUGUUAAAUUGGCGUCUGUCUUCACAUGGGUCCUCCGUUUUCAAAGCGCUCACCCAAUCACUCGCCAGGCAAUCGGUCAAACAACAGGUUUGAUUGUAAUCUAGGAUAGUUGGUGGCACUUCUAUCCAACAGGGCUGUACGUUGUGUUUUUUUUUUUUUUUUUUUUGGUUUUUUUUUUUUCCAUUCCAUCUAGCUCUCAUUGCUUCACUUAGCUUGGUCCUUCUGUCAUCACUUAGAACAGUAAUAUACUUUUUAGUCUUGAACAUGUGUGUUGUUUGUAUGCUGUCCGCUACAGGAAAAAAGAUGUUUGUGUAUUUCUAAGUGUCAGGGAACCUGCGGUCACAGUCCACUUAACUGGGUUUUUUCACACACCUAAGCUGCUACAACCUCAGUUACAAAACCCGGAAAACUGCAAGCAGGCGAUACAAGGCCUGGACUUUCAUACCUCACUCGACAGCUUACUUUUACCAUAUAAUGAUUGCAUUUAACUGGUUUUCUGUUGUUUUUAAAUGUAACCUCGGCUUUGGAGUGGAAAGAUGUCGUUAUUACAACGUUUUUGUAUUGUUUUUCUCUUUGACCUGACUGUAGGGAGUUGAUCUCAAGAAAUCGGCUCUGAUUGCGUUGUAACGCAGCACAUCUUCGGCUCGCUCAUACCUGGAGCUCGCAGACAGACUGGGCGCUCUUUCCACUUAACUUGUUCUCUUGGCCGUCGUGUGUUUGGCAAUACACACAGCCAUCCUCGCCAUACUCAUCCCAACAUCCUUUUCCAACAUCCUCCCAGUACCCCUGAGAGUAUCAGUGUCGGUUAUCGUACCAACCAUCUUGCAUCCGUUCAUUUAUAUACUGUAACAGGAUGGGAUCAUUCUUUUUAAUGUACACCGUAUAUAAAUGUACAAUGUCUAUAUUUCUAUGGUGCCCUACAACAAUUUGUAUCAGAAAUGGUCAAUAAAGAGAAUUUUCUUUGUCAAAA